UAAAGACUUGUAAAAUAAAUGCUACGGAUGUCAUAUUAGCUUGAUUCGUCUCUGUGUGUGUGUACGUGUAUACAUGUACAACACCAAUUUUCCGGUAACUGAUGGUCCGGUACUGUCUUUAACCUGGAUGAAUUUCGAAGGGGAACAUGAAAUACUCGGGAGUGCUAGUCUAGAUCACUGCGCGAUCACAGUUAGUGUUGCAUGCACCGUGUGUUCUCGUGUAUUAUUUCCAUUGCAUUUGUUAGUGGAGAUCUUAAAAUUUUGAGAACUCCUCUGCUUGUUUAACUUGAAGUUACUCCUAGCUAUGUUAUUUCUAACGUAAACAAGUCCCUAUUAAUCACAGAUAAAGUAGAACUGUUGAGAAAAAAUAUGGACCGUGGUGUUUUAGUACGUAAUCUGUGUCGGCAUUGGUUCAUCAACUGCUUAGAAACAAAAGGACAGAAUAUUAAAGUUUUAUGCAAACAUUUAUUCGAAAAAUGGAAAUGAUUGUUAGAAAAAUUAUGAAAGAUCAUAAGAGUAUUGAUUACGAGCAAGUGAUAAUGGAAUUGUUUAACAGUGUCAGUGAUGGAGUAGACUUGUCAGGUAACGUGAUAAUGGAACGAGUUAAGUUGUUUCAUAAAGAACUCAAAUUAGAACAUGAGUGUGUCUAUAGUGAAAAGUAGCUUCAAAGAUUCAAGAAGCAUCAUGAAUUUUCCAUGUAUAAAGUGUGCAGAGAAAAGCAGUCUGCAGAUCAUGAAGCAGCUACAAAAUAUGUUGAAGAAUUUACGAAACUCGUAGUUGACAGAGACCUCAAUCCUGAGCAGGUGUAUAAUGCAAAUGAAAUUGCAUUAUAUUGGUGGGACACACUUAGGAAACAUAAACAAAAUAUGAAGAAGAGCCUGCAGGAGUCACAAAAUCUAAGGACAGGGUCAUCGGCUUAGAGUACUCAAAUCUACAAAUAUAAACUGGAGUAGUAGGAAAAUGUAAAUUCCCCAGGGCCUUAAAAGGUGUGUAAAAGGUUGAUAGUAACAUUGAGACUUUAGUCUCACUCUAUCACCUUUCAACAAAAAUAUAUAUUAGGAACAGAGGCAGGCGUGAAUAGUUAAUAGAAUAAGUUUUAUUUUGGUGAUGCUUAGCUUUACAAAACCUAUAUAAUUCAGCCUGGUCGCCGCUGGUUAACUUGUAAUCGGCAUCUGGAUAUUAAGAGCUUCGUUGAGGCAUGCCAAAGGAACAAGUAGUUGUCACAUCGUAAGCAUCGCGCUAGAGGCUUAGAAAGCGCGCGAAGCACUUUAAGCACUGGUUUUACUACGCAUGCGCACUCGAGGGGCUUCCGGGAAGGCAAGUCCCUUGCGCAUGCGUCGAUUGUACUUCCUUAAUGGCGGCCAUAAUUUCACGCCACUACAGGUGUUAGUAACUGAGCAAAUAAAGAGAGAUGGCUUGCAACUGAUAUUAGGCUAGAAUAAUUUGAAAAAAAAAAAACUUUGUACCAGAAGCCAGAGCACUGCACUUCUUAUGCCUACCAACAGACUACAAAUCUCUUAUUUUGGACAAUGCGUAAGAAAAAUAUUUGCGCACAGUAUUUACCAUCCAGCUGUGUACAUCCAAGAUCAAGACCAAGAAAUACUGCGCUCACUAAAGAAUUAUAACGAAGAUGUUUUUAACUCAGGACCACCGCUUAUAACGAAGUGGUGAGUGAAUGUGGAUAUAUUAAAACUUGACGUUCUGAGUUCAAAUUCUGCCGAGGUCGAAUUUGCCUUUCAUCCUUUCAGGGCAGUCGAUAAAUUAAGUAGCAGUUGCGUACUUGGGUCGUUUUACGAGUAUUUAAGCCUAGACGAGUUAAAACGAUCUCACAUAAUGACAGUGUGAAUCACGUACAUCGUUAUUGUAAAAUUUGUAUUUCGGACUGAGGAUGGUCGGUCGUCUUUUUUGCGAAAGAUUGAUGGAAAAAUAUGGGUGUACAGUUGCUGGCCACUUUACAAAUAGUUAGUUUGUUUGCUGUGAUUCAGAUCACAGUCUGUAGCAGUGACGUCACAGGUACCAUCCAGCAUCGUUUGAAGAGGAAUACCACAGACAAUAACCAAGUGAUUCUAAGAAUCGCUCAACCUCCUCACAGACAGAUAAAAUGCAUCUAUCCAGAAGUUCCCUGUGCAGAUAGCAGGCGCUGUUAUCACAGCAUAUAUGAACGCUGCAAUGGCGAAGAAGACUGCUAUGAUGGGUCCGAUGAGUUUGGUUGUCGGACACCGGAAAAUGAAAUUGAUGAGCAGAAAGAGCGUCCACCCCGACGGAAAGACAACUUUCCCGAACUCUUCAGGAAACUUGUCAUUGGAGUGAUGGUAAUCUUAGUAUUGCUUGGAGUACUGGCUUGUGUGUGUCACUUUCAAAAGUACACGAUGCGGGCUGUCUCCUGGGACUCUGAUUCCCUCGAUUCUGUAUCAUCAUUUUCGGCCCAACCAGAACCCCAAGACACCACUGGAGGAAACGCAAUAUGUCUCACUGAUUUUAGUUUUCAAAAACCUGCUGAAGAAUUGUCCACUAUGACAACACUAGACCCUUUCCCGCCUUCCGAAGUUAGCGGAGCCACCGGUGGGAGCAGCUUUAUGAUGCAGUCACCCCAGACGUCGACGUCAGCUUUAGAGUGCGUCAGUUGGGCAGAAAUACAUCCACCUCCACCAGGAAGCAGUGGUGCUACUGGUGGUGUUAGUGGUGCCAGUGGUGGCGGUGGUGCCACUGCUUCCAACACCUUGUCACCGACAUCCGCACUCGGGCAGCAGCGUGUGGACACGUGGGGUGUCCUGCAGCCAACAGUGCUGCCAUCUUCGCCACCAGCCUUACCAGUUGUACCACCCCGACCAUCCACCUCACCUGUAAUUAUAUCAUCCACUUCUGAUUUGCCCACUUAUGAAGAAGUUAUGACCCGUAGGCGGCGUGGAGAUGCUGAACUUUAAUAUCAAUAAUAAUAUUUCAAUUAUUGUUGAGGUUAUUGUCAUUAUUAUUAUUAUUAUUAUUAUUAUUAUGCUCUAAUUCUAUUUUCAUGAUUUAGCUUCUCUUUCUUUCACUGCUCUUGUUUGUUUUUUGUUUUCUUUGUUUUGUUUUGGU